AUGGAUCUGUGUCACAGCUUCGACAUCAAUGACCCCAAUACCAAUCUGGAGUCCCUGGUCCGGGUGACCGGUUCUCUGUCUCCGGAUAACAGUACUAUCGCAUACAUCAACGGGACCGUGUACUACCGGCUUCCUGGCGAAACUGCAAAGAAAAUAUUGAACUUCGAAGGCUAUAACAUCAAUCGGAAAGAACGUGAAAAGGAAGGGAAUUAUAUGUCUCUUUCGUGUGAGUUUGUCGUCUAUAGAGAUCCGGUGACGUCGGAGAUCCUAAAAGUUUGGAUGAAUCCGAUGACCUCCCAGCCAAAUGAAGUAUUCGCCGUCCAAAACGAUCCAGUAGAUGCUGUUUUUGUUCUUGGUGACGUCAUCAAGACUGUUCAUGCAUCCUCGGAACAGCUCGCGUUUGAGUUGAAUAUUGACCUAUCAUAUCCAAAUGUCCUCGGCCCGCAAAAAUACCCUAAGUUUUCUGCUGGUGACACGUACAAAGGAACAGAACUUUUUACGUACCUAUCAAACUAUACUGAAUUGUCCACCAGCCAAUCGGACAGUGUGCCGUUUUUCGGUACAUGGCAGAGGAGUAGUCAGUUUCUGCCGUGGAUGGAGAUGGGAACCACGCCUGGUCAUCUCAUCUACAACACAUUCUUUUGGAAAUGUGACCGCGGAUUGGCAUGUAUAGCAGAUGACAUUCUAGAGCUGAUACGUUCGGAUGGACUUCUGAAAUACCUUACCGCCCCAGUAUGGUACGAGGUACCCAAUGAUACCUCAUGGUCGGUCUUCAAGAGUAAAAUCGACGCAAGACGUGCGGCAAACUUGUCCGACAUCAUCAUACCCAUGGUCAAUUCAACAGGUCAUCCAAUCAUUAAUUUGCCGCAAGUUGAUCGUAAAAUUGUCUCUUUGCUUGAAAAUCAGAAACAUAUCCCAUUUCGGUUCAACGGCUCCGUUUUUACUUCACUUAACGGAAACCAGAUCGACCUCUACCGAUUAGAAGGUAAUGCAACAGCAACGGUUUCUUUUAACGCGUCAGCGUCUCAGCACGAGCCUUACAUGACAAUUCAAUGUAAAUAUUCCGGAUAUUAUCGAAAUGCGUCGUCUGGUGUCGUCAUAACGACAUGGACCAAUCCGUUGACAAACAGAAGUCUAGAUUUACCCGAUGUUUAUGGAUCAGAGUUCAUUUCCUUUGACAGAAAUGACAUAUACACAAACGAUAUCCCAGAUAAUGACGUUAUCGGUCUUAUAGGUGUUAGCUCCACAACUCAAGGUCAAAAGUUACCAGAUGAUGAAAUCUGGACCGUGAGCAUGCCUGUAUUAGCAUUUCCACUUCCGGUUGUUGUCGAUGUUCCAAGGUUUUACGGAACAUGGACGAUAUUCUCUAAUUAUCCUGCUGGAUGGGACUGGGAAAGACCGAUGGGUUUCUGA